CCUGAUUUGCGUCUCUCCCUAAUCCAAUCUCAAUCCAAUUCGAUUCCUUCCUUCAAGUAUCCGAAAAGGUUAAGUCUCCUGGCUAAUAUCGUAAUCGGACUUUUUGGAAUCGCCCCUGUUCGUCAAUCCGAUUCAUCUCGAUCGAAAUCGAUUGUUUUCUCCCCUUUUCUGAUUGGAUUCGGUGUUCCCUCAAUCCGAUUCGGCGGAAUUGAAUCGCCCCUGAUCGGUUCUCGAUUGGGCUUUGAGUCUGGGGCCGUGUUGGUGAUAAUGGUAACGUUCGUUGAUGAAACAUAGAAGAGUGUAGAAGAUGCCGAGUUUAGCGCAGAGGAAUGAGCAUUACUCUUUUGGUUUCUGGUCCAAGGACGGCGAUGGCAUCAGCUACAAUCAGCUGCAGAAGUUUUGGAGUGAACUUCCAUCGAAAGCUAGGCAGGAGCUUCUCAGGAUCGACAAGCAGAUGCUGUUCGAACAAGCUCGCAAGAACAUGUACUGUUCCAGAUGCAAUGGCCUUCUGCUCGAAGGAUUCCUGCAAAUUGUUAUGUAUGGUAAGUCCUUGCAACAAGAUGGAUCAAUAGGAAAUCCUUCCUGCAACAGAUCAGGAGCCUCAAAAGAUCAGGAUGACUGUAACCCAGUGGUUAGGAAUGGAUGUGCCGAUGAGAUGCAAGAUCCUUCUGUUCAUCCUUGGGGAGGUCUCACCACAACCCGUGAUGGGUCUCUCACACUUCUUGACUGUUACUUGUACGCAAAGUCCCUCAAAGGACUCCAAAAUGUGUUUGACAGUGCACGUGCACGAGAGAGAGAACGUGAACUGCUCUACCCUGAUGCUUGUGGUGGUGGAGGUCGGGGAUGGAUAAGCCAAGGAAUGGCUAGCUACGGGAGGGGGCAUGGGACAAGAGAAACAUGUGCUCUACAUACUGCCAGACUCUCGUGUGAUACAUUGGUGGAUUUUUGGUCUGCACUUGGUGAUGAAACUCGACAAUCUCUUUUGCGGAUGAAAGAAGAGGAUUUCAUUGAGAGGCUAAUGUACAGAUUCGAUAGCAAGAGGUUUUGUAGAGACUGCAGAAGAAAUGUUAUCCGUGAGUUUAAAGAGCUCAAGGAACUGAAACGAAUGCGAAGAGAACCUCAAUGUACCACCUGGUUUUGUGUUGCAGAUACAGACUUCCAAUACGAGGUAUCCAUUGAUUCCGUCCAAGCAGAUUGGCGCCAAACUUUCACUGAGACUGCUGGAAUAUACCAUCACUUCGAGUGGGCAAUUGGAACUGGUGAAGGAAAAUCUGACAUCCUCGAAUUUGAAAAUGUUGGCAUGAGUGGAAGUGUACAAGUCAAUGGCCUGGACCUUCGUGGUUUAAACACAUGCUACAUUACCCUUAGGGCUAUCAAAUUAGAUGGCCGCUGCUCCGAGAUAUCCGUAAAAGCCCAUGCAUUGAAAGGCCAACAAUGCGUGCACUGCAGGCUUGUGGUUGGAGAUGGGUUUGUUUCAAUAAGGAGAGGGGAAAGCAUCCGUAGGUUUUUUGAACAUGCUGAAGAGGCUGAGGAAGAAGAGGAUGAAGAUUUGAUGGACAAGGAUGGGAAUGAGCUUGAUGGGGAAUGCUCUCGCCCACAGAAGCAUGCAAAGAGUCCUGAACUUGCUCGGGAGUUUCUUCUAGAUGCUGCUACAGUUAUCUUCAAAGAACAGGUGGAAAAGGCAUUCAGGGAAGGAACAGCCCGUCAAAAUGCACACAGCAUCUUUGUUUGUCUUGCAUUGAAACUAUUAGAGCAACGUGUUCAUGUUGCCUGUAAGGAAAUUAUUACCUUGGAGAAGCAGGUGAAACUUCUCGAAGAAGAAGAGAAGGAAAAGCGUGAAGAAGAGGAGCGGAAGGAGAGAAAAAGAACAAAAGAAAGGGAGAAAAAACUUCGAAGAAAAGAAAGGUUGAAGGAAAAGGAGAGAGGUAAAGAGAAGAAGAAUUAUGAAUCUAGUGAUAAAGCAACAUUGCCAGAGACGUCAAGGGAAGAAGGUUUACCAUACCUCGAUGAUGAGAUGAACAAUAGCAUAAGCUGCAAGGAAUCAGUAAAUGAAACCGGCGAUGUAGAUUUGUCUCCACCUGGUUCUUCUGAUGAUCAAGAUGGACAAUGCUUUGACAGCCCCCCUUCACCAAGUGCGGAAAACCAGUGUUCUGACACCACCCCUGAUGGAGAACUUAUAGAUCUUGAAGAUGAGAAUGGAUACUUUACAAAUGAUCAGCCGAAACCAGCUCAUCCGAAAGCGAAGUUUUGGAAUGAACUUCACCCUGAUCAUGCCAUGAGGUGGCCAGAUAGGCACAGAUGUUCCGAAAAUGCUUCUUUUGUUGGUAGAUCUGAUGCUCGACAUCGAAAUGACAGACUAGAGGUGCUUUCAAGGUGCUUCAAUGGGACAAACAGACAAUUGAGAGUGAAAUCUACAAAAGGCAGCAGUCGAAAUGGCAUCAAGUGCAAUGAGAAGUUCCAAUGUACGAACAACAGGAUGAGUGAGAGGUACGAUUCUCAUUCUUGCAGUUGCAAACAGAGUAAUGAAUUCCGGGCAAAGGCAGAACCUAAUCUCUCUGCAACCAGAGGCAUGAGAGAAUCUAAACCCGUAUUCAAAUCAGAUUCUGUUCCAGAUGCCUCCCACCCAGUACACCGAAGCAAUAGGUAUACACAAACAGAAUAUGUACGUGAUGGAAGACCCAAAAGCAGAGCAACCCUCAGUCAGAAUCCUUCUACAAGGGAUUCAUUAAAUACUAAAAAGGUUUGGGAGCCCCUUGAGCCGAAGAAGUAUCCGCGGAACAACACAGACUCGGAUAUAACAUUAAGUCCUUCGAUGGUCAAGGCAGAAGAUAUCGAACAUGAUAGUACUGCAGUAAAGUCAUCUCCGGGUAAGGCUACAGAAAAGUUGGAUAAUAGCAAUCAUAAAGAUAGCAGGGAGUCUAGGGAUUGUAUCAAUUCAAUAGAUGAAGACGGGGAGAUUGGAGUUGAUGUGCAAGCAAAGAAUAAUGACUGGCACUUGAAAGACACUAUGUCGAGCAGUAUAUCCAAUUCAGAUAACUGCUCCUCUUGCCUUAGCGAGGGAGACAGCAAUACUGGUUCUUUGAAGAGUGGAAACACCGAAUCCUCCUUGACAUCUGAUUCUGAAGAUGCCAGUCAGCAUUUUGAAGGAAGAGAAAAUUCAUUGGGUACACAGAAUGAUAUCUUGAACUGUCACGAAAAGACGGCAGAUACAAGGAAGAAUAGUAAUUUGGAAGAUGUUGUGGGAUAUAGGAAUUUGUCUAGCCUUCCACCAGACAGUGGAGGAAGUAAUUCCUCUGGGACUGGGACUCUUUUCACCAUUCCUGGCCACAGCAUGGACAAUAUGGUAACUGGUAUUAAUACAGGUUCUCAACCACAGGGCAUGUUUCCACAAAUGCUUAACCACAAUAUACAGUUUCCAGUUUUCCAGGCUCCUUCAACAAUGGGUUACUUCCAUCAAGCUCCAGUUUCUUGGCCCGCAGCUCCAUCCAAUGGAUUAAUGCCGUUUCCGCCUCCUGCCCACUAUUUAUAUGCUGGCCCACUCGGGUAUGGUCUGAAUGGAGGAGAUUCCCAGUUAUGCAUGCAGUAUGGUGGCCCGUUGAAUCAUUCAGCCUCUCCUCCCUUCUUCCACUCUGGGCAUGUUCCAGUUUUCCAUCCAUUUGCCAGAGCCAACAGUGUGAAUACCGAGGAGCAAGCUCAAACUGUUGAUCCAUCAGGAAAAAGAUCUCUGGAGGAAGAAGAAGAUGAAGGGAUAUCAAGUUGCAGGCCGCCUCCAAUGGAGUCUCCGAGCUAUGGAGGUUCAAAGAAUGGUGAUUGUGCUGGUGGCAAUGGUGAUGACAGCUUCUCGUUGUUCCAUUUCGGUGGGCCGGUAGCGCUUGCUGCAGGGUGUAAAACGAAUCCUGUCCGCUCCAAAGCCGGGAAUCUGGUGGAUUCUUCCUUGCAGAGUUCAGCAGAUGAUGUUUCCUCAGGUGAUCUCCCUUUCAACAAGACAGAGAAAGAGAAAGAGAGCACGGUGGAAGAGUACAACUUGUUUGCGGCCACCAACGGCAUAAGGUUUUCGUUAUUCUGAGUUCCAUUUGCAAUGGCUUUGGUUGGAUUGUUUGGCAAUAUGGAUUGUGAGUUUUUUUUUUUUACAUUGUAAUCCGGAACACAAUAAUCUGUCUGCCAUUUUUUUUUUAGUUCACAGUGUUUUUUCUUCAUCUUGUUGGAUUUUUGUAUCUGUUUUGCUUCAGAGUAAAGAUUUGCAAGAGCUUAGCGUUUUUCA